AAACCUACCUUUUCGGUUUUAGCAUUUCUCUUUCUCUAAUGGAUGACUCAUUCGUAUUGUUACUCAUCUUAGUCUUUACGUUGAGCUCCCAAAACAAACCUCCCAUUGAACCACUUGAACAGAAAGCUCUAUAUGCUGUUCUCAACUCCCUCAACCCAACCAUUCCAUGGACCACCCACUACCCCGACGAUUUCUGUCGCUCCGCCCCACACGCCGUCGUUUGCGAAUCUCAUCGUCAACAAAACCAAACAAGAAAAUCACACAUUGCCGAACUCAACUUCGGUUACUUCUCCGAUCAAACCCCUAUUCUACAUUGUUCGCCAAAUGCCACUCUCAGCCCUUCUCUCUUCACCCCCUUCCCAUACCUUCGCAAACUAUCCUUCUCCAACUGCUUCAACCACACAGACAAACCCGUUCACGUUCUUUCACUUCCCUCUUUUCCUCCAUCUCUCCAAGAGCUCCUCUUUAUCGACAACCCAUCUAUCUUUUCACCUCUUGAAUCAUUUAUCCACAACCUCACCUCUUUGAAAACACUCGUCUUCAUCGGAAACGGAUUCUACGGCGAGCUUCCCGCCAAGAUUGGUGCUUUUCAUAAUCUGGAACAACUUACUCUUUCAAGAAACAAUCUCUUCGGUGAGGUCCCGGCGAGUAUUGGUAUGCUGAAGAAACUGGAGAUUCUUGAUCUCAGUCAUAACAACUUCAAAGGGCGUGUCCCUGAACAGGUUGGAAAACUCAUUUCUCUUGUGAAACUUAACUUGAGCAACAAUGGGUUCUGUUGUAAAAUACCAGAGAGUUUUAUUCAGUUGAAAAACUUGGAGUUUUUGGAUUUAAGCUUCAACCAUUUUGGUAACUUUGGUGUCCCUUUGUUCUUAGGAGAAUUUCCCAAAAUGAAGGAAGUUCAUUUAACCGGGAAUUCACUCUCUGGCAAGAUUCCGGAAAUAUGGGAAAAACUUGGUGGUGUUGAAAAAAUAGGAUUUUCUAAAAUGGGUUUGGUUGGUGAAAUCCCAGCUUCAAUGGGGGUUUAUUUGAAAAAUCUGACUUAUCUUGGGCUUGAUAACAACAAUCUUAAAGGUCCUGUUCCUGAGGAAUUUGGGUUUCUUUUGAAGCUUGCUAAUGAAAUCAACUUGGAGAACAACAAUUUGAGUGGUAGAAUCAGUUUCACCUGUGGAAGAGGAGUUGGACAGAAGAAGUUGAAGUUGGCAGGAAAUAUGGGGCUAUAUUUGGAAAUCAAGGAUAGUUGUUCUUGUGAUAAUGGAGUUUCUUUGCAGCUUUUUGAUCCUCUUACGUCGGUUUUGCUCUUGAUCAUAGUGUUUGUGUUUUCUUAUUUGUUUUUGUUUUUAAAAAGGUACACUCGAUCACUGUUAUAAAUUUGAUUAUAAGCUUAAGAUACUAAGUGUAAAUGGAGUUGAUAGUAAUAAUGAUAGUAGUAGUAGUGAACAAAUGCUUAGAAUAGUAUGGG